AUGGAUUUAACUGGAUCACUCGUAGACACAAAUUUGAGAAUUUAUCCAACAGAUCAGCUUAAAGCAUUCCUGAAAACCAUAAAAACAUGUGACACUCUGCCCCAUAAUAUAAUUAACGUCAUAAAAGUAACAUCGAAAGAAACAUCACAAAGUUACAAUAAUAGUGAAAUAAAACCUGUAAAUUUAACAUCCUCUGAUUUGAAAAACAUAAAAUCAAUAAAAAGUAUAUAUUCAAGUACUGCAGAAGAAUCUGAUAAUGAGGGAAAGGGCGUUGAUAAAAAUGAGACAUUCAAUUCUGAAAGUAAGGAUGAUGACUCAUCCAAAAACUCAAGAGAUAAACCUUCAAAAGAAAAGCUUGGGAAAAUGGCUGAGACAAAAGAAAAUUUUCUUGUAACUUCAGACUUGGACUGGUUAUAUAAUUACAUUAAAUGUAGGAGAAAUGAGGGGGAUAAAAACAUUCCAUACUUACACACAUUGCUUACCGGAGUUCAUGUGGAUGUGCCAGAAAAUGAGGUGUUAAAGAGAAAUCCAGUGCUUGAAGCGAGAUGUGUCAAAUUAAGAGCUCAACAAGAAGCUCGUGAAUAUAGAAAGAUGACUAAGGGAGUUGACAAUGUGAGAAUGAGAUUUCCAGAAGAAACUAUUUCCUAUCAGUUGAAACAAGUAAAUCGUCAGCUAAUAGCAGUUGGCCAAUUCAUAAUAUCCAUAUUUGCUGGUUUCCUGUUUGGAUUUAGAGGUGUUGAAUGGAUGGUUGGUAAUUUGGAUUUUGGCUUUAGACUAUUACUAGGCGUGAUGUGUGCGUUAGUCAUUGCACUCGCCGAGAUUUACUUCCUUGCUAAAAGGUUAAAUGAAGAACUAUCUGCUCCUGAAACGAUUCAAUUGGGAGGUCCUCCAAAGUUUGCCGAAGAUGAAAAACGUUAUGAAAAUAAUAAAAAACUUUUCGAAAAAGAACAUCAGGAUUAAUCCUAAAUACUAAAAAGCCAAACUCUUAAUGUACAUGUUAUUGAAAUGUAUAUAAAAUUUCAAUAAUUUAAAACUUAAACCUUUAUUUUGAAAUGUUGUUAUAACUGGAGAUGUUAAGCAUGAUGAUAUUUUGGUUGAAUGUAUUUUUUACAGAUUAGUAAAGAUGUAAUUCAUUUUAAUUUAUUUAUAUAUUGUUACGACGUAAAUAAAUAGCAAUUAUUU